GCUCCCUGCCUCAUUUCCGCGGCCUGGACAAGGCCGCGUCGUGAACCUGCGGUAUUCUUGUCCAGGCUGCGUCGUGAACCCGCGGUAUUCUUUGUUCAUUUUCCGAGUCUCUGCAGUGAAAACGCGACCUCUCUUACUCUGCUAUGGCCACCCGCGGCCUUCCUCUUCGUCGCAAUCCACCACAAUCAAUCUCCAAGCCACCGUGAACCACCUUCCAAGUCUCCAUCCGUGUUCUGGUCCUCCGUCGUGCUCGGUCUUCACCGUGGCCUCAAGCUUCGCCGUCGUAGCUUCCAAUCCGGUCAUGGCCUUCUUCCCCGAAACCUCCAUUGGUGUGAGUCUUCAGUCUCGUCUCUGUCUUCCUCGUCGAGUUCUCCUCCGUGACGGUCUGAAACCACACGUCAUCGUCAGCCCAGCCUUAGCCGUCGUCGGGUCGAAGCUUGCCGUGUCGUUAAGCUCCGGAUCGGCUUGGAGGAGAAAGCUCGUGAGCUCCAAUGCUUUGUAUUCUCCGCCGCGAAUAAAUGGGGUGCAUGUUCUCUCACCUCGCCGCCAAGUUUGCCUUUUUCCCUCCUUCUCCUCCCACCUACCACCUUACCAAAAACCCCGAUGGUAAACUCUCCGCCGUCUCCGCUUCCUCCUCCUCCACUUUUCCCGCCGCCGGAGACUCAUCCAUCGACGUUAGAGUGGUGAAGACGAGACGCGGAAACAAAGUCGCAGCUUUCUACCUGAGAAACCCAAACGCGAGGCUCACACUUCUCUAUUCACAUGGAAAUGCUGCAGAUUUGGGACAACUCGUUGAUCUCUUCGUUCAACUCAAAGUCAAUCUCCGAGUUAAUCUCAUGGGGUAUGAUUAUUCGGGCUACGGAGCCUCUACCGGUAAGCCGAGUGAGUAUGAUACAUAUGCGGAUAUAGAGGCGGUUUACGAGUGUUUGCAGACCGAAUAUGGUGUUGGACAAGAGGAUCUGAUUUUGUAUGGUCAAUCCGUUGGUAGUGGACCGACGCUGCACCUUGCCUCUAAGCUUCCUCGGCUUAGAGGUGUGGUUCUUCAUAGCGGCAUUCUCUCUGGUCUUCGUGUUCUAUGUCAUGUCAAGUUCAAGUUUUGUUGUGAUAUUUAUUCGAACGUAAACAAGAUCAAGAAGGUCAAAUGCCCGGUUCUUGUCAUACACGGAACAGAGGAUGAUGUUGUAAACUGGCUGCACGGAAACAGGCUAUGGAAAAUGGCGAAAGAACCAUACGAACCGCUUUGGAUCAAAGGUGGUGGACAUUGCAACCUCGAGAUCUAUCCUGACUACAUUAGACAUCUCUAUCGGUUUAUGCAAGACAUGGAGAAUACAACCACUAAGUCUCGUCUCAAGAAGAUUUGGCAAGAGAUCCGUCGGCGAGAUGAAUCCAAAGGAUGCUGUAGUUUCAAACUAUGCAGACCAAAAUGCCCUUCGUGUCCCAAACCUAGUUGCGAUUGCGGUGAAUGCGGUUGUUGCAAGUGUGAGUGUCCGUCUUUGAAAGGAUGUUUCUCUUGCUGUAAGAAACCGAGCUGUGUUGGUUGUUGCUGUCCCAAGUUCAAAUGCUGCAACUGCUUUGGGAAGCCUACGUGUCCGAAAUGCUCUUGUUGGAAAUGUCUAAAGUGCUCCGAGUCCGAGUGUUGUCGGAGUUGUUGCUGUGCCGGUUGUUUUAGCUGGCUCUGUUGUUGCGGCGGAAGGAAGAGGAAGGAGUUGAAGACGAGAGGAGGAGAUACUACGGUGGCCAAGAGUGAAGGGUAAUAUUGGUAUUUCGAUAUUUUUGUAUAGAUUCUGUUCAAAGAUUCGGUACAACACAUUCAUGGGAAGAGACUGAGUUUUCAGGAGAAAAGUUCUAUUAUCAUAUUGAGAAACAAAAUAUUUCAUGAGGAAAAAGUUGAUAAAAUGAAAUCUUGAAUCUUA